AUGCACGGCUGGAGAAGUGCACAGCCAGAGUGUCGUCUUCCUGAUGUUCCGAGGCUGUUUGCCUAUACCCAUGGAAGAUUUAAAAGGAGACGGCCGCAUCGCCGGUGCCCGCGGACUGCUGGUUCACGUCAUGUCGCCCAACGCCCCCGGAGGCUGCUCGCCGCCACUGAUGCGCGCCCCGACCCGCAACCGCAACUCCAGCGCCCUGCCCAACGAACCCUGGAUCGCCCUCGUGCCGCGCGGCCACUGCACCUUCGACAUGAAGGUGCACACCGCCGCGCUGGCCGGGGCCUCGGCCGUCAUCGUGUACGACGACAAGGAAGCCGACUCCCUGGACAUGAUGGACAUCUCCCGGAACGUCGGCGAGCGGGCAGCGCGGCCUCGGGCCUGAUAUACAGCUGCGAAGAGUGUGACCCCGCCAAACUGAGGAAGGCGGCGGAGCGCGCGUUGACCGUGAUCGCGACCGGCGUCUUCUGGUUGUCCUUAGGACUUAGGGACAACAUCACCGCCGUGCUGACGUACCACUGGAAAGGCGUGGGGCUGGUCAAGCUCGCCGACAGCCAGCACCGGGUGCUCGUGGACAUCGCCGUGGCCAACCGCUGCACCCGCAGCCUCAACUCCAUCAACAGGACGUCGGUGCUCUUCGUGUCCGUCUCCUUCAUCGUGCUCAUGAUCAUCUCCCUGGCCUGGCUCGUCUUCUACUACGUGCAGCGAUUUCGCUACAUCCACGCCAAGGACCGCCUCUCCCGCCGCCUCUGCAACGCCGCCAAGCGCGCGCUCUCCAAGAUCCCCCUCCGGCGCCUCAAGAUCGACGACGCGGCUGUGACUGGCGACGGGGACUGCUGCGCUGUCUGUAUCGAGCGCUUCCGCGCCAACGAGCUGGUCCGCACGCUUCCCUGCAGGCAUGAGUUCCACAAGGGCUGCAUCGACCCCUGGCUGCUGGAGCACCGCACCUGCCCCAUGUGCAAGAUGGACAUCCUGAAACACUACGGCUUUGUUUUCACCGGGAGCCAGGAGAGCAUCCUGCACCUCGACAUCGAGGACGUGGCCGCCUUCGGACUCAACAUCGAAUCCCCGCAACCCCCGCGCGCCCUCUUGCAGCAGAUCAGGGACACUCCGCUCAGCCCGCCCGUGCUCGGCCACCUCACCCACACCCCGACCUCUGACGACGAGCUGCCACCGCCCAUCACCUGCGUGCUGCAGAUUGGCCCGGACUUCACCCCGCCCUGCCGUGCUGGCCGUGCUGGCCGAGCUGGCCGCGCUGGCCGUGCCGACCGAGCUGACGACCGUGCCGACGACCUGGCCCCGGAAGGACGCGCCAAGAUGCAGCCCCAGGACGGCAAGAGCCGCGAGGACGCUCUGGAUGGACAGGACCACGACGCCGCCGAUUCCCGCCCCGCCUCCCCCGGCAGCCCCGCCUCCCCCGACCGCCCAGCCUCCCCUGGCCGCCCCGCCUCCCCCGGCGCCAUCAGCAUCGCCAGCAUGGCUAGCUGCGGCAGCAACAGCAGCUGCUGCAGCAGCGACAGCAACGGCAGCGUGACCAUCUCUAUCCUGCCGCCGGCCAGGCGCCUCCAGCCCCAGAUCCACACCGUGGGCCGCGCCGCGAUGCAGCCGUGAGCGCUGGUGGUUUCGUGCCGCCGGGGCCUUGCAGGCCUUGCCCGCUUGCGUUCGAUCGAAGCACCCUACGCGCCUCCCUCGCGGGGCUGUCUCUCUCUCUCUCACCGGCAGAAGCGGUGCAACAGGUGCUCGCCGCACACCAUGCGCGCUCGGGGCGGGGCGCGGCGGGGCGCGGUAGGUUGAUGCCUCACGGAGCUCUUAACCCAGGUCUAAUUUCCAGUUCUCAUAAGACCAUUAAUUUGUUGGGGGGGUAGUUCACUCGGACUACAAUUUUGAUCAUUUACGUGUAAUUCAUGCUUGUAUUGCAUCUCAUGUAGUGCAGCAAAAAAAUAGAGAAGCUUGAGCGACAAGAUGGAAAAACGAUACUCCUAGUCAAUGCAAUCUAUAAUUAUCCCAGACACUUAGAACUAGAACAUUUACGUAGCCAUUUUCAUGUCAUGGUCACAAAUGAGUCUCAAAAUCCAGACAAAUAUAAAUCAUAGUGACAUGGCAUUGUAGUGAUUUCAUGUUGAAUGUAUAAGCAUAGGACCCUAUACUGAUAACCAACUGUGUUACUCUGAGUAGAAAUUAAUAUUUUAGUCAUUCUCAACUGAGAUGAAUAAGUUAAUCUUCCGUAAUCAGUGAGAAAUAGAAAUGAAUACCGGCUUACGCAAAAAUAGGCUAGUGGUCUGCUGGGAGUUCUUUACAGCAAAUAGUGAAAAAUGCAUUCUGUCAUUAGCACUCGUAGAAAAAAAGCUUAAAAGCUUAGAAAAUCUAAACUUCAAUCCAAACUAUCUCUGUGUUAGGAAUUAGAAUGUUCUUACUCAUAUCUAAAUGAAUGCACAUUUCUGCCCUGAGAAAACUCUCAGCAACGUUCAUACCCUUCUCAUUUUAACAAAAGAAAAAUUGCCUUUGUUCAUAAAUGCAAUUAUGCCAACUUUUCCGUUUGUGCCAAGAAUACAACGAAUGAUAGCAAGCUUUGCUUGCAAAUCUGGCUGUGAAAUCUUUAUUGUGAAAAUGGGGGCCCAGGUAAAACUAAAAGUGAACAUAAAAUCAUUAUGCAGUUGUUUUUAUAAAAGUCAUACCUUCAACCUUUAUGACUUGGAUCACUAUCUCAUGACAAGGACUACCGAAUGAUUUUUAGUGGCUUCACAUCCUACCUGGAAUGUUUCAUUCACUUCUUUUGAUUUGUAGUCAAUGUGACUUCAAGACAAGGCAAUAUCAAAGAUAGAUACGAAUAGUAACAGUGAAUUAAAUCAAAUUUAUAAUUUGUCCCCAUUUCUUUAAGUCAUUUGUAUAUUUGUGUAAAUAAUGAUAUGUAGCUGAAGACAAUGUGAAAGAUUAUUCUGCAUUUUAAUGCAAACUUAAUUAUUUUGGUAAGACUGUGUUGUGUGCUUUAUGGUUUGAUUCAGUGAUAUGUUACAAAACCAAUUGACUGAAUGAGAGAGUGAGUUCAUCUUGUUUUAACUUAGAAGUGAUAGUUGUUAGGAUUAUUCACAAUUUUUGCGAAUGAUGGGCAGGUACUCGGAGGAAUGGAAGGAAUACAGUGGCAGGAAAUAACAACGCGAAGUGAACCGUCCUGUUGGCUUUUACUAUGUGUGAAUUUAAAUGUUAGCUAUUGAUGUUUGGCUAAUUCAUGAUAAUUAUCACGUUCAGUAUUCACGUAUCUUUUAGGAGCAACUCAAAUUCUGAUAUUACUGCUUUCCCUGAAACUGUAUUAAUUAUUCCAUUAAUGUGUGUUUAGAUUCCCCUUCCAAUGAUCACAAGAUCACAGUUUCCUUUUGUCUUCCUCCAUAUAUCAGCUAAAGCAAAACCGAAUUAUAAAUUCUAAUAGAUUUGCAUGUUAAUUGAGAUUGGAAUUUUAAGAUCUUUAUUAGUGUUCACUAUACUACCUUUGAUGUUUCUAUUGAUGUUUCUUAGGUCUAGACAUUUAAAAAGAAUUAGGGCUGAAUGUAUGUUUCUUGAUAGAAGGCACAUGUGUGUGAACAUUAAAACUUGACAGGUCUGUGAGUCACUUAUGCCAACUUGUGCUGUGAGUUGUUGAAGUAGCAACGUUAGUAUUUUUGAUAUUGUAUUAUUUUAUUUUAAUUUGGAUUGAUGAACCAGCAUAGAAACCUGGGGAUGAUCUGCCAUGUGAACAGACGAGUCAAUGACCAGAUGAAUUUUCCAAUCUGUGGUUUGGAAUUUUUGUCACUUUAGAGGUCACAGCUGUGUGCACUUAAAUUUUAUGUUAUAGGCCAAAAUUUAGGACAAAGAAAUAUUAGGCCAGUCAUUAACUUGCUUGGAGAAAAGGUGAUAUGGCAGUAAGGUGUAAAGAAAAGUUGACAUCAAGUGACUGUAUUACUGUAGUAUAAUUUAUUAUUGCAGCUACUACAUCCUGCAAUCCAUUGCUAGAAGUCAAACAGUUUACCUUUAACAUCCUUGUAGAAAAUAUUAGAUGAAAACUUCAAAUUGUAUUGUCUCUUGACUUUUACGUAAAGUAGGGUAUACAUGAGGAUUUUUCAGAGAAAAUUUGAUGGAAAUAUCAGCAAACUUCAGAAGCUAGUCCAAACCACUCAUAUGAAAAAAGCUGAGUGAAUGUGAUCAAAGAAAUGAAAAAGUGUCUCAUCACAGAGUUCAGUUACUGUAGAUCUACUUAUAAGUUUUAUGUUUAAGAUCAUGUACCUUUAAAACCCUCAUCUAGUCAUUUUAAGCUAUGUGAAAUUUGUACCAAAAUAUCUCCUCAAAUAUACUCUAAAAAUAUGAAUGGUAAAAGUAUUUCCCUUAUGUGUUUGUGUGCAAAUACAGAAAAAUAAAGCUUUCCUUCUAUCUGAAAA